GACGCCGAAUUAGUUCAGCAAAAACCAAACAAGAAAAUAAUAACCUGUGUCUGAGCUGGGCCUCUGAGAACAUCGCCUGAAUCGAACGACUGAAGUUAGCGAGUGGAGCAAAAAUGUCGUUCACACUGCGGAGCGUGAAGGUCCCACCGAACUCGGUCUCCCUCGAUGAAGCGAGACACCGAGUGUUCGAUUUCUUCAGGGCCGCCUGUAGAUCCAUCCCUACAAUCAUGGACAUCUACAACCUCCAAGACGUCGUCGCCCCUUCUCACCUCCGCUCCGUCGUCGCCGCCGAGAUCCGCAAGCACGCCUCCGUCACCAACCCCAAGGUCAUUGAUAUGCUGCUCUUCAAGGCAAUGGAAGAGUUGAAUAACAUCACUGAGCAUGCAAAGCAGCGACACCACAUCAUUGGCCAGUAUGUUGUGGGUAGCGAAGGACUCAUGCAAGAUACAGGGAUGAAGGACCAGGGUGCCUCGAAUUUUCUCAAAGAUUUCUACAAGACCAAUUAUUUUUGAACAUUCGACAUUCCAUGAAUGCGCGUUCUCAUGUGAAUUUGCUUUUGGGUGGGACUUCCUAAAUAAAGAUGUGCUUGACAAUGGUUUUGUAUCUCUGUUGAGUUGGAAAGUAGAUUGCUAAUCUUGCAACAGAAUUUCUGUUAUGAAGUAACUAUUGUUUUAAAAUCAAGAACUAGGGCAGCAAUCUCAACAGUUGAGCUGUCUAGCUUAUUA